AUUGAGAAGAACGAGCCCUCACUGAGCUGCUUCUCUUCAUCGAUGGCGGAAUCCGAGAGCGUUUUGGAUGCCAUCUUCGAAGACGAUGGUGACGCUGGAGAAACCCUAGAUGAUUAUGGUGAUGAUAAUGAUACAGAGAUGGUUGACGCUGCGCCUCUUGAAGCCGUCACCCCUCAAUUGCCCUCUUAUGGCGGCGAUGGUAGCGAUAAGGAUGUCUCUGGGGCUGGAAUCGGUGGGAAGAGCCAGAGGCGGAGGGCGAACAAGAAGAAGAACAAGAAGCGGAGGAAUAGCGGUUUGGCUCCUAACAUCACCGACAUCAAUCGGUUUGUUAUUGAUACAUGUAGGCGUUUGAAGGAGAAGAAAUCAUACUUGAUUUGGAAUGCUGUCGGAUGUUUGGGUGUAUCAGCUGUCAGUGAGCUUGUCAAAGAGGUAGAAGCAGUUCAGCGGUGUGGUGGUCAGAAAACUGCUGAUGGCAAGCGCUUUCGAAUGGGUGGUGGAAUUUUAUGGAAUAUUCUGAAAACACGUGAACCAAAGGUGUACAAAGAGAUAAUGGCAAAGGGAAAAGAGUUUGAGAAGCAAUUCAGGCAACCAAAGCAUGCGCAAAAGGUCGAAGAUAAGGAAGAAGGCAUUUCAGAGUGCAGGACACAGGCUCCCAUGGAUGGUGCAGGAGAAGUAUUGAAUGGUUCUGAGCCCAAACUGAAGGCACAAGAUAAACCCGAAGCAUCUAAGCCCUCCAAUGGACGCAUUUCGGCUCUGGAUAGAAUACGAGUUCCCAUUGUUUAUGAUGAUUUACUUGAAGAGGGUGAGAUACAGGAGUAGGCCGAAUAUUUUUCAGAACUCUCUAUUUUCGGGCUACUUGAGAUCUUUUUGUAGCAGAGAAUUUUCCCAGAGGAUCAAUAGAUUAUGUAGGAAACUUCAUGAGCUGAUAUUUAUUGAGUUGCAUUACUGAAUUAAUGUUUCAUCAGCUCAUGAUAAUGGAUUUUCUUGAAGUCAUUGCUGCUAGUCUUGAUAAUUUUGUUUGCCUGUUAAGACUUGCUUGGCUGUGACCCUGAAUUUCCUUUUGCAAUAAGUUGAACUUGUUAGCAACCAGUAGCUAAGUGAAAUAAACAGUGGUUUUUUUGCUUGGAUUCCCUGAAAUUUUGGCUCA